AAAUUUUAAAUUAUAAUUCCGUUCCAUUUGUUUGUACUCGCCAGCCCUUUCGCCAUAUGUUUAGAACAAGUGUACCGUACAGACUGAAAGCUUCCACAGUCCGUAAUAUAUGAAAACAUAAUUGUUUUUUGUAGAAAAUUCUGAUACAUAAAAUUCAUAGAAAUUUGCGGGCCAUGGCUGUGAAAGAAGAGGAAAAAGAAGCCUUCGUUCCAUCGCUCUGUGUGUUCAAGAAUGGAACUUUCUUGAAUUCCAUUUUCCUGAGCGAUCCCGAAUUGGAGGAAAAUGAAGAAGAAGACAAUGGGGUUACACAUGAGAAAAUACUGAAGAUGGGAAGGCAUCCGGAUUGUGAUAUAGUUGUGGAUCAUCCCAGCAUCAGCAGAUGGCAUCUGCAAAUCCAACUUCAAAAGUCAUCUCAGGAGCUCUUACUCACAGAUUUAUCUUCUGUACAUGGAACAUUUGUUUGUGGACACAGAACCACUCCCAAACUUCCGAUAACACUACGACUGAAUGACACAUUUAGGAUGGGAGCUUCUACCAGGGUUUACAAGUUCCAGUGGCUUCCUUAUCCAUCAGAGGAAGAAGAGGAUUGCCCGACCCCAAAGUUUCUGCAAAGUGUUUAUGGACCCAACAAACACGAGUGUGCAUCUGAUGGCAAAAACAAAGAACGAGACUUAGCAAACGAGAAGUGUGGGCAAAUGGGAGCUGCUGGAUCAAAUUCUUGGAAUAUGGAGUGCGGAUAUAGUGAUGCAAACGAAGAACAAGUCUUCGAGGAAGAAACAUAUGACAAAGCUGUUGACUCCCCCAUGACCCCGACCUCAUCUAGAAUUGUUUCUGAACCCGAUGAAAUGAACUAUGGAUUUAAUGAUGAAAAUGAAGAACAAGACUCAAUAGAAGAGCGACAUGCCAAUGCUGUUGAAUCCAUCUCCAGGAAUCUGACGGGGACUCCAAUCCUUUUGGAGAAUGUUUCUGAACUUGAUAAACAGGAGCGUACAUUUUUUGGAAAAAACAAGGAACAGGCCUUAAAGGAACAUGAAAAUGUUGAAGCUCUUGUGUCUGUUCCAAAUAAUACAUUAAAGACCCCAAUCUAUUUGGAGAGUGCUUCUGAAUGCAACAAAGGGAAGGGUUCAUUUGCCAGUGAAAACAAUGAACAAGUCUUAAAAGAACAUGGAAAUGUUGGUGCUACUGAAUUAAGGAUCCUGAACAGUUUGGAGAGUGUAUCUGAUGCCAACAGACAGGAGUGUGCAUUUGAUGGUGAAAACAAGGAGAAGGAACACGGUCAUACUGAAGUUAUUGAACCUCUCCUAAAUAAUCCGGUAAAGAUUCCAAUCCUUUUGGAGAAUGUUUCUGAACUUGAUAAACAGGAGCCUACAAUUUUUGCUAAAAACAAGGAACAUGCCUUUAAGGAACAUGAAACCGUUAAAUUUCUUGAGUCUGUUCCAAAUAAUACAUUAAAGAUCCCAAUCUAUUUGGAGAGUGCUUCUGAAUUCAACAAAGGGAAGGGUUCAUUUGCUAGUGAAAACAAUGAACAAGUCUUCAAAGAACAUGGAAAUGUGGGUGCUCCUGAAUUAAGGUGCCUGAACAGUUUGGAGAGUGUUUCUGAUGCCAACAGACAGGAGUGUGCAUUUGAUGGUGAAAACAAGGAACUGUUCUUAAAGGAACAAAGUCAUGCUGACGUUAUUGAACCUGCCCAAAAUAAUCCAGUAAAGAUUCCAAUCUUUAUUGAGCAUGUUUCUGAACCCAAAAACCAGGCGUUUGCAUUUGCUGGUGAAAAUAAGGAACGGGUCUUAAAGGAACACGGACAUGUUGAAGCUGUUGAGUCUGUCCUAAGUAAUCCAGUAAAUAUUCCAAUCUUUAUGGAGCAUGUUUCUGAACUCAAAAACCAGACACUUGCAUUUUCUGGUGAAAUUAAGGAACAGGUCUUAAAGGAACACGGACAUGUUGAAGCUGUUGAAUCUGUCCUAAGUAAUAGGGUAAACACCCCAAGCUUUUUGGAGAGCAUUUCUGAACCUAAUAAACAGGAGGGUACAUGUUCUGAACUCGAAAACCAGACACUUGCAUUUUCUGGUGAAAAUAAGGAACAGGUCAUAAAGGAACACGGACAUGUUGAAGCUGUUGAGUCUGUCCUAAGUAAUAGGGUAAACACCCCAAGCUUUUUGGAGAACAUUUCUGAACCUAAUAAACAGGAGGGUACAUGUUCUGAACUCGAAAACCAGACACUUGCAUUUUCUGGUGAAAAUAAGGAACACGGCCAUGUUGAAGCUGUUGAGUCUGUCCUAAGUAAUAGGGUAAACACCCCAAGCUUUUUGGAGAACAUUUCUGAACCUAAUAAACAGGAGGGUACAUGUUUUCAUGAAAACAAGGAACAGAUCUUAAAGGAAUGCGAACAUGUUGAACCUGUUGAGUCUGUCGCAAAUAAUACAAUAAAGACCCCAAUCUAUAUGGAGAGUGUACCUGAAUGCAACAAAGGGGAGGGCUCAUUUCCUAGUGAAAACAAGGAAGAGGCCUUAAAGGAACUUGGGCAUGCUGAAGUUAUUGAACCUGUUCCAAGUAAUCCAGUAGAGAUUCCAAUCUUUAUGGAGUGUGUUUCUGAAUGCAAAAAACAGGUAUGUGUACAUGAAUUUGCAGGUGAAAACAAGGAACAGGUCUUAAAGGAACAUGGACAUGUCGAAGCAGUUACAUUUGUCUCAAUCAAUUCAGUAAAGCGUCCAGUCAUUUUGGAAAGUGCUUCCGAAAUCAUCAAACAAGAGUGUUUAUUUGCAAAUGAAAGCAAAGAACAAGCCUUAGAGGAACAUGGAUCUGCUGAAGUUGUUGAACCCAACCCAAGUAAUCCAAUAAAGACCCCAAUACUUUUGGAGAGUGUUCCUGAACCCAACAAACAGGAGUGUGAAAUUGCCAAUGAAAACAAGGAACAGGUCAUAAAGAAACAAAAUUAUUUUGGAGCUGAUACACUUGUCCCCAGUAAUCUGACCCCAAUCCUGUCCGAUGCCAUUUUGGAACGCAAUAAACAAGAGAGCAGUUUUGAUAAAGAAAACAUGGAACAAACCUCAAUGAAAGAGGGUGAUGUCAAAGUUAUUGAAUCAGAGCCCAAGAACCUGGAUCAAGUUAUGUUGGAUGAUUUUUCUGAGCCCAACGAACAGAAUUGUGAAUUUGUUGAUAAAAAUAAGAAACAAUUCUUACUGGAAGAGGAGUAUGUGGGACUUGUUGAAUCAGUCCCAUGGAAGCCUGUACAACCAUCAGCACCUCCACUUCCGGAAUCUCAAUCUCAUCUGGAUUACUUCGCUGCGGUAUCUGAUGCUGACAUGACCCUGGUGCUGGAGAAUACGAGCUGUGCAAGGGAAAAAAACCUAGGUAUAGGAGCUUCAAACCUUUGGUCAAGAAGGCAAAAAGAUGGUAAUCUUAUCUGCUUGCAGACAGGUCGAAUGGAAAUGAAUUUAAAACCUAAGAAAAUGAAGGAAAACCAGGUAAAAAUGACAAAGCAAAAACGAAUUCUAAAAGAAAAUUCAAGUGCUGAAAUCAUCCUUAAGGGAAAAAAUGUGAGAUGUGACAAGAAAAACAGGGUUCUUGGUGAAAAGAAGAGAGAGUCUAUUUUGCAAGAAUUGUUACCAGAAAUUAGUGCUCAUGGGUCCUCUUCAACUGGAUUUAGUCCAGAUGACGAUGACUUUUAUCCAUCUGACAAGGAGAAUUUGACUCCAAAAGUUUCAUGCCAAGCUUCAAAAACAACUGCAAGGAAGAUUGGUAGAGUGGACCAAGACACUCAUCUUCUUCAAACAGAUACAGGGAGGGCACCAUUUCAAUCUCUUUCCCAGAAUUCAAGGGUGAACAGCAGACCGACCAUAAGUUCUUCCUCGAAGAAUACUAACAGAAGCAUGGACAAUCACCGGGGCUUACACUCUGAGGUUCAGAUGCCUGGAGUAGUUCAACAUUCAAAUCUGGCGGACUCAAAGACGAAAUGGCAUAUGGUGGUAGAUACUGGCUGUCUUAUACAUGACGAAUCUAGACAGGCUUUGAAGCAACUGGAAGGCAUCAAAGGGACUCAACUGAUCAUCCCUAGAAUUGUUAUACGAGAAUUAGAUUGUCUGAAACGCCAAAAUAUGUCAAAGAAAGGGAAGGAGGCUCAGGAGUUUUUGAGAUGGAUUGAGGAAUGCAUGAUAAAUAAGGGUUGGUGGGUUCAUGUGCAAAACUCUGCAGAAUGUUUUUCAUUUGGUGUCACACCUCCUGCUUCUCCUCAUUCCAAUCUAAGUGGUGGCAGCAAUGAUGCUUCUGCUUCAGUUGCUUUCUCAUCCUAUGGUAGCUUUGCAGAUGUUUUGUCACCUACUGCAGAAGAUCAUAUACUUGAAUGUGCUUUGCUCUAUAAAAGAUUAGCAAAUGGUGGGCGUGUUGUUCUUCUCAGUAAUGAUGUUGCUCUCAAAGUCAAAGCUAUGGCUGAGGGAAUGUUAUGUGAAAAUGCGAAGGAGUUUUGUCAAAGUUUAGUAAGUCCUUAUUCAGAGAGAUUUUUGUGGUCACAAAGCACUGCGCAUGGCCACAACUGGACUGACAUCAACAACAGCAAUAGCAGGAAAACUUUAGGAGUCACAAGGAAGUUGACAUACUUUGGCAUGAUGAGGAACUCUUUGCUUCGUGAUGAAGAACCAAAAAAGAAGAGUAAUGAGAGUGCAAAGGGAUUAAAGCUCAUCUUACUGCAUAAUUCUCAUUAUGGGCAGAAACACACCUAAAAGAAUUAGGUUUCUUGCCAUAGCUCGAUCACAGCUUGAUUAAUCACUGUACUUGUGACACUUAUGGACACAACUAGAUCCAAGGGAAUAAAUCUUGUGUUGGAAUAGUUGCAA